GAAUGAAAGCUCGAGCUCCUCCUCCACCAAAUCAACCUUCUGCAGGAAGUAGAAUUCACAGCGAGCAAAAGCCACCUGCGGAGCUAGAUGCAAUUUCUGGUCAGAGCCUUGUGAGCGUGAAGGAGAACAUGAUUAACAGAUUGGUGGACUUCACAGUCAUUUUGCCCAAUGGGGUGGAGCAGAAGAGCACAGUACAAGGAAGUAAAGCUGUGAUGGAUCUGUUGGUUGACUUAUGCAGUCGGUAUCACCUGAAUCCAGCCCAACAUAGUCUUGAACUGAGGUCUUGGGCCAUGCAACAACCCUUGAGUUACAAGCCAAAUACUUUGAUAGGAGCACUGGAUGUGCAGACAGUCCUUUUGAAGGAGAAGAUUCCUGAAGAAAAGACAAAACGACCUCCACCAAGGGUUCCUGAGAAAUCGGUGAGGCUGGUUGUGAACUACCUGAAGACACAGAAGACUGUGGUGCGGGUCAGUCCGGAGGUGCCCCUCCACCACAUCAUCCCCACUAUUUGCGAGAAGUGUGAGGUGAGCCAGGAGCACGUGGUCCUCCUGCGUGACAGUGUCACCGGGGAAGAGCUGGAGCUCACCAAGUCCUUGGAGGAGCUGGGCAUAAAGGAGCUAUACGCCUGGGACAGGAAAAGAGAACCAAGUCGAAAUGCCUCAGUAAUCAAUGAUGCAAUAGAAAAAGAAAAGCGAGGAUUUCUGGGAUUUUUCAAAGCUAGCAAAAGAAAUAGCAAGGGUUUUUCCACAGCACCAAAUUCCCCUUCGGUGAAUUCACGUUCCAAUACCUUGGGCCCAUCCCUGUCCCUCGGUAACAUCUCGGGAAUGACAGCAAACCCAGAAGUGAAGAAGCGCAGAGCACCUCCUCCACCAGUUGUGACGCCUCCGUUGCAGAACAUGGAGAUGAAAGGCCAGGAGAAGACAGCAGCACAGAUUUCACAUGGAGCAUCUCUAAAUGAUUUACAGAAAAAGAAGAGACGUGCCCCUCUUCCGCCAAGUCCGUCAGCUCCCCCCACUCCUGCCAUGCCAAACAGGACAGAAGAAAGGGAGGACAAGCGGAAGAGCACAAUGGGUGAAGGACGGCAGGUGCCAUCAAAGCCUCCUAGAGGCAACCCGCGUGGUCCACCCCAGUUAGAGAUCCCCCCGCCCCCACCUUACCCUCCUCCCGACACAGACAGGACGGAUGCAGCAGUCCCUUACAGAGGAGCAGAUGUUACAGCACCCACAGAGCUGGUAUCUAAACAAAGCCUGCUGCCUGCACGUGAUAAUGUUUAUGUAGUCGAUGAUGUGGUUCUGGAGCUAUCGGAGGUGGAAGAAACAGCAUCAGAAAGCAGCUGUUUUGCAUCUGAGGAGACCACCGAGGACUCUGGUGUCGUGAGCUCCCCAUCAGAUAUUGUAUCUUUGGAUUCACAAAAUGACAGUGUGAAGUCGAGAGACAAGUGGGUUAAUGGCUUCCUGGACUCUGCUGAGACGGAGCCCAUGUAUGGCAUAGACACGUGUCCUGCCAGGGCUGCCUGCUGCGAGAACGUGGGGUCCGACAGUGCUCCAGAGAGUAGAGAUGAGGAAAGUGCUUCCAGCUCGCGUGAUGGCGAGGACUUGCUCCUCACUGCUCAGCUCCAGCAGACGCUGGCUGACCUGGAUGAAGACCUGGAAGCUGUGGAGAACAUAAGCAACUCUGACUCUGAGAAUAUUACUGAGGCAUUGAGCCCCCAUGCCAGGAAAGUUGAGGCUGCCCAAGAGGUUACUGUUUCUGUUCCAGUAACAAUCAUAGAUGAUGAUGCAGAAGUUAACGUCCCUAGGUCCACUGGAAAUCAAGAGACGAGGGGUUCAGAAAAUAUUUCAGCUGACUCAGUUAAUGCAGGGAACUUUACAAAUAAAAAUAUCAAUGCAGGUUCCUUUGAUAAGGGACAUACAAGUGGUGGAUCUGUAUGUGUAUCCAAGGACUUAAUAUAUCAGCAACCUUCUGAAAAUGAGUUUGAUGUCUUGCCUGUGGAACAGAGGAGAGAUAUGUUUGAAUCGCUCACCUCUUCCUUCGAAAAAAGAAGUGAAAAGAACGUACGACUGGAACCCCCUGCUAAACCUACUAUGAAGUCUGAGGAAUAUAAAUCUAAGCUGAUUCCAUCUUACUCCAAGGCCCCAACUGAAAUAAAUUCAGCAAAUGAGCAAAGAAAUCCAUUUAAGGAAUGUAGUAAAAGGGAAAGACCUCUGAAAAAAAGUAAAUCAGAAUUAGAAAUCAAACAGUUACCAGCAAAAAGAAAUGAAGAGAAGGUAGAAGAAAUCCCUUCAACACCCACAUGGUGUCAUCGUGUCCAGCAUGCAGGAACAAGUUAUGAACCGAAAAUGGGUUUGACAACCUUUAAAGUUGUUCCUCCAAAACCUGAAGUAAAGCAUUUUGAUAGAGGAGUCUCCCUCUCCACUGGUGCCAUUAAAAUUGAUGAACUAGGCAAUCUCAUAACCCCAAAUGCUGGUGGCAAUAAGAACACAUCAGAUACUACUACUCUCACUACUGGUGAAAGCGAGGAAAUUCCCCUUGGGAAAGUGAAGGCAUUCUGGAGAUCAAGUUCUAUGGAAAAGCAAAGUGAUGACUCUGCUGAGCAUCUUCUUAAAAAGUCAGCAGUCACCACAAACCCUAAAACAUCCUUUACUUUAAAACAUGAACACAAACCUGUCUGUCUUGUAGCUCCAAAACCUGCAGCACCACAAACUGUUACUUCCCAGGUAGUUGAAAGACAGUUUGAAAAUGAAAAGACCAAACCACCUCUUCCAGUCGCACAGUCUCAAGUAAAACCACUGGUGGCCCCAGCCAUUAGUAAGGACAAGGUGGAGCUUCCAUUUCUAAAGCCGCAUAGGAGGACUUCAAGUCAAUAUGUUGCCUCUGCCAUUGCAAAACACAUCAAUCUACCUACCUUUAAGUCUGACUCCACAGAAUAUCAUGAGAAAGAAGAAAAUAAGCCUGGGGCAGGUGAGGUUAAAACUGAAGGAGAACUUUUCCCAAAGAGAUGUAUUAUUGUGGCCAAAUACAGCCCUGUGGAAACAGAUUCAGCAGAAACAAGAGAACCACCUUCAAAUGUUUUUACUUCCAGUCUGAAGGUAUCGCACAGGUUCACAGCUGGUGAUAAUUCUGGAGCAGAGAACAAAAUAGUUAACAUCAGGGCACCAAAUCAAGCAACUCCUAGUUUCUAUAAAAAGAAUGGCAGUGUCCCACUUAGUAAAUCCUCUUCAAAGGAUAACAACGCUGCAGAUGAUGAUUACAGUUUAAGCAGCAAACAAAGUAUAGCAGAGAAAAAAAUGCAUCUUUUGUUUGACCAGAAAUGUGAGACUUGGAACCAUCCGAAUUCAGCUCCAUCCCUGAAGUCACCUGAUCUCCAGGUUGUCCCACCCUUUUCCACCUCGUCUUUGCGGGCCAGUAAAUGGCCUCCCACCAGCAGCCUACAAGCCAGUUGUUUCAAAGCAUCGCCCGAGUUAAAUGGUGCGGCCGCCAGCAACCACGUGGAGUCAGAACGUGAGGACAAGCACGGCGGUUUGGUUGCUGGUGCAGUCAUAGAGCUGGAUGUUAACGUUCAGACCAACAUCUUUGGACCAAAGAAGAAGUUCAAACCAGUUGUGCAGAAACCCAUCCCAAAAGAUACGUCGCUGCACAGUGCCCUGAUGGAAGCCAUCCAGACAGGAGGGGGAAAGGAGAAACUCAGAAAGAUUUCAGACACUAUGUCAAACGGAAGUCAGAAGAAACCCUCAUAUGCUGAACCAGAGAACGAACGCACAGCCCUUCUGGCAGCAAUCAGAGGCCACAGUGGCACCUCGAAGCUGAAAAAGGUCUCCUCAGCGGCCUCUGAAGAGCUACAGAGUUUUAGGAACGCAGAACUGUCCUUGCAAAAAGCAGAAGACCUUCAGGAAGAGCAACUUUGUAUCCCACCACUUCCCAUACAGCCGCCACCACCACCACCUCCUGCUCCACCAUCAGCAGCAGCAGCUCCAAAAUCCUCUACCCCUGCUGCAGCUGACCCUGCUGAGGCAAGGCAAGCCCUAAUGGAGGCCAUUCGCUCCGGUGCUGGAGCAGCAAAGUUAAAAAAGGUCCCUCUGCUCGUUUGAAUUGUGUAUAAAGAACAGGUGAUUGGAAAAUCUAACCCCAUAUGCACCCAUAAUCAUCAUGCAAGGUCUGAAGUGGCAAAAACACAUCAAGAAGUUUAGUUUAUUCUCUUGUCUACAAGCCAAAGUAAGUUGUAGUUAAUUUUCAGUGUUCCUGCAUAAUGGUUCUAAGGGAAAAAUAUGUUGCUCUGAUGUUAAGCUUCUGUGCCAAGGAAUUGUGUUUUGCCUCUGAAUAUUUAAGGUUGCCAAUAAACUAUUCUUGUUGGCAGGUUAAUAAGAGUGUAACCACUAUGCAGUCUUCUGUUAAUACUUAAUUGUGUUUAUGGGCAAAAUUAAAAGACUUUUGCUAGCUAUCUGAAAGGUAAUAUUCAUUUCAAGUUGUUAAAUUACGUAACUGUUUCAGACUAUUUACUUCUUAUUUGAUUUGGAAAAGAACUAUAAGCAAUAAGAGGGAGAAAAAAGGCCGAAUAAAGAUCUAUAGAAUUCAAUGACAAGAGAAAAGUUAUGGUAUAUUCUGAAAGACCUAAAUUGCCAUAUGUUGGGGUCAUU